AUGGCGAACUCGUGUUUAGUUCUGGGACUUGUGUCUUCUAUUCUCGGGCUGACCUGUGUUGUGAUCGCCCUGGCCAGUUCCCAGUGGCUGAAGGUUCGAGCCCCGUUUUUCCAGAACGACGUGGGCUUGAUGAGGCACUGUGAUGUGACCAGUCCAUAUUGUGGCGACAUGGAAAACCUCAACGCCUUAGUCAACCACGACUAUGCAGGAUGGUUCCGGACUGUGCAAGCCAUGUAUCUCCUUCACUGUUUGGGACUCCUGAUCUCCGCAGUCGCCUACCUCUUGUACCUCAUCAGGUUUCUGGAGGUCAAAGGCAGUUUCCGAGCCUUGGCCAUGUUAAAUUUCAUUGCGUUGGUUGCCGGAGUCUUCUCUGUGACAAUGUUUGGGGUUCAAAUGGAGGAGUUCUUCGGUGUCGCUAACCCAUCACUUCCUGACGGUGUUGCCAGCUUGGGCUAUGCUUUUUACAUGGCCAUUCUAGGCUGCUGUCUGUCUUUUGUGGUGUUGAUGCUCAGUGCAAUGGAGGCCAUCCACGCCAUUGACCUGAUCCGGGACAUGCAGAACCGCUUCACAGUGUGGACAACACCCUACACCUUGUUUGUGGAGGAGGAGCCUUGA